UAUAACUGGUGCUAUGGUAAAGCAGCCAGCACUACAUGAAUGGAAGGCAUAUUUCUGUAAACACGACAGACAGAGGGAUCGUUGUAAAACGGACAGCUCCAUACCGCGACACACUUUUGCCACCGUUAAUGAUGAUGAUGAUGAUGGUCCAAAAUGUCCGGUUCGAUAGUUGAAAACGCGUUAAGUUUCUCUCGUUUGUCCUAAAGGAACCGUCGCUAAAUUUCAAGUACUUUCAUAACCCUUUGCGUUACUGUAUUAACAAUAUUUUUUAAGUCGCACAAAGGGUGCUUGCAUUUUGACAUCCUUGUGUUGACAUAUUUUACGGUUGCAUUGUUACCAGCAAUUUUAGGCCAGCACUGGACAGCAGAAAUCUUUUCCAACCAAGGCUUGCCUUACCGGUGGAGACCCCGCGAGACCAACGAAGCGACUUCUCCGGACUUUUUCUGGGCAACCGUUUGUCGAUCGGUUUUGCCAUCGCGAGGCCGCGGACUCCGUGGAUGAAUUAGUGGAGCAGCGUGAUGGAGCACUCACUGUACGGGGGCGGCACGGCGCCAGUCCUGCACCACUACCCUGGUGGUUUGUCCACCAGCUCGCAACUCCAACAUGCGUCUUACCAGCGAGGGUUAACGAGUGCCUACUUGCCCUUGGGCAGUGUGCCCUACCAACCGUCCCACCAGCCCACCAGCCAGUACCACUCACUCCAACACGACUGGCCCGGCGUGCACGUGCCGAGCACCGCCGACCACUCAGGGAGCAUCUCCGCCUCGCACACGGUAGGCAACAUGACCAUGUGCCACCCGACCACGCGUAAUGACUAUCUGACUAUUACCUCACCAGCGCUGGUUGAUGCGAGUAAAGUCCGUGGAGGAGGGACGGGAGGAGGCGAGGUUGGAGGCAGCGUGUCACCCGAGUCGGUACCCAGCCCGACGGGGCAGAAUAACGGGGUGAUGGACGGCGGUCGUGAGGACCACGCCUCGAUGGAAAAAGGAAACCUCAAAAAGGGCAAUAAUAGCGACCAGUGCUACAAACUCGACCUCAACUCGAAGCCGCGCAAGGAACGAACGGCGUUCACCAAAGACCAAAUACGGGAGCUUGAGAACGAGUUCAACCACCACAACUACCUGACGCGCUUGCGCAGAUACGAGAUAGCGGUCACGCUCAACUUAACAGAACGACAGGUCAAGGUGUGGUUCCAGAAUAGGCGCAUGAAAUGGAAGAGGUGCAAGGGAGCCCGCGAAAAGGACCUCGCCGAGAAACGCCUGCAAGCCAUGGAGGCCAAACUGGGCCUACCGCCAGGCAGCUCUAGCGCCCUCACCGCCGGCGGAGCCACCAUGCCCGGCCACGUCAUCACGUCUAGGAACGGACUCAGCAGCCCGCCCGAGAUGAACGGAUACGAGGACAGUGGAGGGCUGAGCCCGCCCGACAGCUACGGCAAUCCCGAGACGGACUUCAAGUGAUGUGCUGGGACCGCGGGCCAGACUCAUGUCGGAAACAUGUGCCGCUUUCCUAUAUCACCUGUAUCGCCAACCCUGCGAAGCUGCAGGACUGUAAAUAAACUAGAUUGUCGCCGUCGGAGAAAUUCUUCAACUGCUUUAUCAUUUUGCAGAUGGAAAAAAACUAGAGCCAUUGGCUUUGAAAAGUGUUUCGCUUAUAGCAGGUAGGGCCUAUUGCUAUAAGCGGUGAUCGUGCCGAGCAGCAACCCACUCAAACAUGGCCAAACCAGUUAUGGUUUUGCACAUUCUAUCGACGACAGAUUUAACAUGAAAUUUGUGAAAACACCGGUGAAAGUAUAAACCCUGUGCAGUACCAAUAUGUAAACUUGUGUCCACGAAACUGCAUCGUCUGACAAUAUUACGCGAGGCAGGGCCUACCGCCGGGUACCAUACCAUUGCACCCAGAUUUGAGGAAAAGUGGACGCACCCAUGCCCUGCUGGUACCCACGUUGCGAGUUAUGUGACCAAUCAGAGAAGCAACAAACUUAUGUGGUGUUUCGUUACUUAUCGGAGCAUUAAUGUUCUACCACAAACUCGUUGGGGAUGAUUAUUGGAAAUGGAUGGUUCCUGUGCAUGUGGCAACAGCCGCCAUAAGUUUUGUGUCGCAAUUAGGCCUAAAGAAAACGUGGUAAAGCUCAUCACUUCCACGCAGUCCGUUUGGGAGUUCAAUAUUCUCACCAGACUACAUUGUGUCUACAUUUUGGCACCACUAAGGAAAGUGUACAUACGUCUUGAGAAAAACAAAUAACUGCAAGAGGGCACUUCGACCUCAACGAAACAAAGGCGUUUAGGGUAGGCCUGUAAGUUUAUACUAUGUGCGGCUAUAUAGGUUGCGCCUUUUGCCGACACUAAGUGAUCGUAUAUUCUAAAGGAUAAGUGUUGUUGGAUGUACAAAUUAUCAAAGAUUCGUCUUAUGUAGAGUCAUUAAUUUAAUUUUAUCAGUACCAUGUGUUUAAGGAGGUUGUGCAGCACUUGAUUCAUGACAAUCAGUAUUUUCAAAUGCAUUGUGCCAUAAGUACAUGUGUAAACGGAGUUAAAAAGUCACGCCUGUUUCGGGUUUAAACACGUGUGCUAUUUCCGAAUUUCACCUCGAUUUUUUUUUCCAAUUGCGAUUUUCCCAGAAAUAUAACCCAUUAUAUAACCCAAAUAUAACUUUUGAAUGAGACAUCGAAGGAAAAAAAUAACUUUUAGUUAUGAAAUUAUUUCUUUACCAAAAUCGAAUUCUUGGCUGCCAGACAAUAAUUCGGCAGGUCCAUAUUUGUGCGCAAAAUGAAAUUCCUUUUCAGAGGGUUGCAGACGUCCAAAAUUGGUAUUAAGUAGUUUUUUUCGUUAAAACAAAACAUACAAAUUGAAAUUCGUUAGGAGGAAAAGAUCCAUUUUUUGAAGAGCACGGGACAUCUUUAACUUAAAAGGCACCAAAAGUACAAGACAGUCGGGUAUGAGCAAGUAGGCCUAUGGGUCAAGUUGCAAGUGAAAGGGCGGGGGGGUUCCCAAUUUCCAAAACUAAGAAAAGUAAUACUUCGAAAUUCACUAUAAAGCAAACAGCAGCGCCGCUCUCCACUGUGUACUAACUUACGAGCAACCAUAUUUGGUUCCCAAGUCAUGGGUUACCGAUAACCUUUUGCACGGGACUUUGACCAUGCAGGUUGCCUAUGGGACGCCCUCCAGUGUUGGCCAAUUUAAACAAUUUAACACAUUCUACAAUUUAUUCAGUUAGUACAGAAAUUGCCUUUUGGAUACACUACUAAGCAUAGAAAAUACAAAUGUGUAACAUACGAUCCCAAGCGUAAUACUUCAUUGAAUUAUUUUUAUUUACCUCAAUUCACCUUAUUAUGUUUAUAUAAGUUA